AUGACUCUCAGUACGUCCCACCUGCUGAGCUCUGUACUGUUGGAUGGAUGUCAAUGCAAGGUCAGGGAUUCCUGUUCACAUUAUCAGCUGCAUGUGUUCAGCUCAGCCUGUUGUUGUGUACAUUCAUGAGCCGCUGGCCCUCCCUCUUUCUCUCUAACUCCCAUCCUAUUCUCUCCUGCUGCCUCUCUUGCUGUUGUCCCUUCAUGGCUGCUCAGUGGACUCUCCCUCUGAUCCUCUCUGGGUGCCUGUUGGCAUGUUUAGCCCUGAACCCUCCUGAUAAGCCUCCUCAGCUGUCCAACCUGCCCCCAUCACUGGGCUUCAACAGCAGCAGUAGAGGCGUCUCUGUGGACACGCCCAUGGUUCUGACAGUGUUCAGCGUGGACUACCACCUUGUCCAGGCUCCCUUUGAGAUUGUGUUGUGGAUCAUGCUGGCAUCUCUGGCCAAGCUGGGUUUCCAUUGGUCCGGUCGUGUCCCAGUGGUUGUCCCAGAAAGUUGUGUUCUCAUUAUGGUGGGCCUCCUGGUUGGGGGUGUGAUCUACAGUGUCCGCCACUCUGCUCCACCAACUCUGAGCGCUGAAGCCUUCUUUUUAUUCCUACUGCCACCUAUAGUKUUAGAUGCUGGAUACUUCCUGCCAGGGAGGCUGUUCUUUGAAAACCUUGGCACCAUUCUCUGGUACGCAUUGCUGGGAACCUUGUGGAACGUUCUGGGCAUCGGCCUGUCUCUGUACGGUGUUUGCCUGCUCGCUCCAAGCUCUCUAGGAGAUAUAUCCCUGCUCCACUGCCUGCUGUUUGGGUCUAUGAUCGCUGCUGUGGACCCAGUGGCUGUGCUCUCUGUUUUCCAGGAGAUGCAGGUCAACGAGCAGCUGCACAUCUUGGUGUUUGGAGAGUCUCUGCUUAACGACGCCGUUACAGUGGUACUUUACAAACUGUUUGAGUCCUUCCUGCGGCUGCCGUCAGUGACAGGACUGGAUGUGUUGCUGGGGGGUUGCAGGGUCAUGGUGGUGGGCCUGGGAGGCUUGUUUGUAGGUCUAUUCUUCGGCCUGCUGGCGGCCCUCACCUCACGGUUCACUUCAAGAGCCCAGGUCAUCGCUCCCCUCUUUGUCUUCCUCUAUUCCUACUUGUCCUACCUGACGUCAGAGAUGCUUCACCUCUCUGGGAUCACAGCGAUUGUGACUUGUGCUGUGACCAUGAAACAGUAUGUUGAAGCCAACGUGUCCGAGCGCAGCAACACCAGCAUCCAGUACUUCCUGAAAAUGUGGAGCAGUGUCAGUGAGACCCUAAUCUUCAUCUUCCUGGGGGUGUCCACCAUACAGGACAUCCAUAUGUGGAGCUGGCCUUUUGUCUGUUCCACACUGCUGCUCUGCCUCGUCUGGAGGGCGACAGGUGUCCUCCUGCUCACUGCUGUGGUGAACAAGUUUCGGAGGAACACUGUGACUUUCCGAGACCAGUUCAUCAUCGCCUACGGUGGCCUGAGAGGAGCAAUCUGCUUUUCCCUGGUCUUUUUGAUUGAUGACUUCCCAAAGAAAAGACUCUUCAUCACGACCACCAUCGUGGUCAUUCUCUUUACGGUCUUUGUACAGGGGAUGACCAUAAAACCGUUGGUUGAGCUUCUGGAUGUGAAGAGGAAGAAGAGAGCCUUGCCAACCAUCAGUGAAGAAAUCCACAGCAGGCUCAUAGAUCACCUGCUGGCUGGAAUAGAAGAUGUGGUUGGAUAYUGGGGACAGUACUACUGGAAAGACAAGUUUGAACAACUCAACAAGAAAUACCUUCGACGGUUCCUGAUCGGAGAAGAACAUCAGGCUCGCUCCAGCAUCCUGAGAGUCUACCAGGAGCUGGAGAGGAGGGAACAGAGGGAGAAUGAGGAGACUCCUGCAGUUGUGGAUCCUCGUCCCACCAGCCGUCCCCUCCUGCCAGAGGAGAUGGACAGCAUCAGGCGCAUUCUCUCCAGAAACCUGCAGCGCUUUAACAACAAACAGACACCAGCUUACAGCAGACACGCCCUGCACCAGGAUGUCACCACGGACAGGACCAGGAGGCCCCUUCAGCAUCACCAGAGUCUUGGAGAGAGACGCAGAUAUAACACAAUCACACACUGGCCACAGGAGGAAAAUGAAGAGUUCAGCGAGUCUCACUCAGGGAGACCAGGACUCAGCAGAUCUCACACAGUGUGCUCCAUUAGCCCAAGGCUGCAAGACUCUUCGGCCUCAAAUCAGACCCAUCCUGUGGAUUCAAAAGAGACUGAAGAGGGCCAGGUUUCUCCCCAGCAGCAAUCACCCGCAGAGAGAGUUCUGAAGAAACAACUCAGCUUUGUUUUGGAGAAUGAGAAACAGCAAUGAAGACAAAGCAUGGUGUGAAUCAGUGCUUUUAUUUGAGCCAUAGAUUUUUCAGACAAAAAGCUCUGUAACCUGGAUGAAGUGGUUGUGUCAUCUUGAGUGUUUGCUGUUAUACAAUAAAGCUUUCUGAAUAGG